UCUGACUGGUAGGAUGAUAUAACCAUUAUCCCAACGAUCUGACUGGUAGGAUGAUAUAACCAUUAUCCCAACGAUCUGACUGGUAGGAUGAUAUAACCAUUAUCCCAACAAUCUGAUUGGUAGGAUGAUAUAACCAUUAUCCCAACGUUCUGACUGGUAGGACUCAAGGAUGUAUGUAUGUUUUAAACAGGACAGUGAUGGACCAAAGUGGAUUCUGGGAACACCCCUUAAAUGAUAGCUAUCAAAAUUACACUGACGAAGACUAUGAUGGUGAGGGGUUAGUCCUGCUGUGUGAAGACAUCAAUGGUUUGGAGCCUGUCACAGCAGCCUUCUUCUUGAUUAUCUUCCUUUUCAGUGUCGCAGGUAACGUGCUGAUGCUGGUUGUCCUGUGUCGUCACGGGGGCCGGAGGAGGGUCACCAACCUGUUUAUCCUGAACCUGUUAACAUCUGACCUUCUCUUCACCCUGACCCUGCCCUUCUGGGCUGUCUAUAACCUCUCCCAUUGGCUGUUUGGUGACGUGGCCUGUAAACUGUUGACUGGGGUUUACUUCACCGGUUUUUACAGCAGCCUUCUGCUUCUGACCAGCCUGACAGUGGACCGCUUCAUGACCGUGGUUGUUAACAGCUGGAACGCAGUCCCCAAGUGGAGGCUGAGGUGUGCCUGGGCAGCCUGCACGGCAUCCUGGGUCAUCAGCUUUGCCGCCUCCCUCCAUGAUGUCAUAAGUGCCCAGGUAGUGGAAGUGCACUCAGAGAAUGGAAUCUUCAACUGUGAGGCCUCAACAGUUCCUGAUGAAGAGGAGAGGUUGGGCUACUACCUGCAGGUGUCCCUGCUCUUCCUUCUUCCUCUGACCAUCAUCAUCCUCUGCUACAGCGCCAUCCUCAGGAAGGUCCUGGUAACUGCAUCCCGGAGACCCCAUCGGACCAUACUGGUGGUGUUUCUCAUUGUUGUGGCGUUCUUCAUCUGCUGGGGGCCAUACAACCUGGUCCUCUUCCUUCAGGCCAUGUAUAAAUCAGACUGUGAUGUCCGAGAGCGAUUGCAUGUGUCCUAUGUUGUAUGUCGUAUUUUGGCCUACGCUCACUGCUGCGUCAACCCACUCCUCUACCUGCUGUCCCACUCCUUCAGACGACACCUCUGGUCUCUAGUGUGUGGUGGGACAGGAGGGGAGGGUCAGGGUGAGGUUAGACACGGGGGAGAGGAGAGGAGUAUUAGACACAGUUUGUCCAACUUUAGCCCCCAACCAACAGGACCUGGUGUGAUGUGUCAGCGCAUUGAAGGGAGGAACAGUGCAGCAUGGAUACACCUGAGAACCCUGCAGGAAUGUGAUUAAUUACAUUAUUAUGAAUCAAUAUUGUACUCAUCAGAGUUCCAUGUAAAACUGCAAAGCCUAGACUUAAAUCAGACUAUUAGCACAUUUCUGAAAGUACCUCAAUCUGUCUGACUGAGUUUGGAUCUAUAUAACAAUGGGCCCCAUGUACUACUGCACCAAUACUAUAUCAUGAGACAUUUAGAAAUAAUAAUAACUCUUGUAUGUGAACAGACGUUAUUCCGGAAGUCCAAAUGAUAUUAAUGAUUGUUUUUUUAUUACGGUAAGUACAGGGUGUCUGAUACAGCCACAUUCCGGGAAAGGAAGCUGCUUCUUACUGUAAAUAGGAAAAGAACUGGUGUUUAAAAUCAGGAUAUGAAACAAGACAGAACAGCAUUCUAAAUAGAAAUACAGAACAACAUUUCGAAAGAGAGGUAGGUACGGAAGACUGUGUAGAGAGAGGUUGGUUAAUUACGUGCCAAACCAUUUGAAUCAUGAUAAUUUGGUAACAGUCUUACUAUCUAGAUUACAUUUAAUCCACUUUCAUUUAGAUCUUUGCUUUUCAAGGGAAGUGAGUGUCGUUGGGAGGUGAAGGAGUGUGUUCAGUAUGUAGCAUGAAAAAAUCCAGAGGGUUCCCAGUCCAUUAACAUGUUUAACUGGAUGAUUAAAUACAAUUAAUCCCCUCUGUAAUCCCUCCUGUCACUAUGGCAUCAAAUCAAAACCAUCUGAGCGAAAAGCCAUUCUGGUUGCUUCCUGAUAUUUCUAUUUGUUCUGUCAAUAAGA